UUAAAUUUUUGGCAGGACCAAGCCUUCAUUUGAACCUUGGCCUUCCAAAUAUUAGGCGAACACUGUACACCAGGCCAUUGAAGGUCUUAUCGUCACAUGCUUUCAGCAAAACAUUUCAAAGUCCGUUCAGGCUAAAGGUCUGUAGCCACGUCCCGCAGACUGUUGCUUUACAGUGGGUGUAUAAAAGCUGCAGUAACAGAGAGACGACAUGUGGCGGAUUGCUGUUUCCCUGCUCUUGGCCUGGUGCUUCCAGCAGAGCCUGCCACAGCAGCUGGAGUGCCGACAGUUGGACCACUGCUCCUGCCUCAUGAAUGACGGGUCCGGGAAGAUCGAGCUCCACUCCCUGGCGCAUCCAGACAACCCGUACAGGAUCGACCAUAACAACUUCACAUACAUGUACAGCCCCUGUACAGCUAUGCGGAACGCCACCGGAGAGUGUAAGGACGCGGCGUCGGUGUGCCAGCAGUUCGACGAGGGCGGUAUUGGGUACAACUACGGCACAGCUGACUCGGCAAGCUUCUAUUUCGACCCAAACACCAAACAAGUGAAGAUCAGCUACAGCUACUUCGAGAGCAAUAUGACGAGGAACUCCAACGUGGACCUCAUCUGUGACCCUGGGCAGAGGGAGAGAGCGCUGCUCGGAUACCAGGGUUCAGAUCCAUUCUUAAUGAACUUUAAGCUGACUAGCGUGUGCGCAUGCCCAGGUGGCUGUAUGGCCCCUGCUGUCACCUGCACCAUGAAAGACUCCUGCACCUGUGACAUGAGUGACGGGACAGGUGCGAUCAACCUGCACCCUCUGGACAACCCCUGGGCGCCUCUCAGGUCCAGUCACCUGGGCCCGGAGCUUGGUCGUAACUUCACCUACUACUACAACCCCUGCUCCGGAAUCACCUUCGCCAACACACCUUGCAGUAAUGUAUCCAGCUGCCAAGUAGACGCGGAGGCUACCCCUCAGAUCUUCUACCCCUUGGGUCACGUGGCCCCGGCGUCUGAGGUUGUGACAGACAUGGAAGGCAACAUGGUCCUGAAGUAUACUGGUGGAGAUGACGGCCGCCAGUUUGAUGUCAUCUUGAUCUGCGACGCAGAUCAGCAUGUCCCAGAAUUCACCGCGCUGGGGGAAGUGACGAGGCACUACUACAAGAUGACCCUGAAGUCACGUUGCGCAUGCCCGGGACUGUGCAAAGAUGACCCAGUAGCCCGCAAAGCUCGUUAUCUCAAAUGGAAGUCAUCUCACCCUGGCUAAGAUGAUGUUGUUAUCGUUUUGCCCAGUUUUACAGAAAACCGAAAGAAAAUAAGUCUAUUCAUGUUCUUUGGAAUACUAGCACUUUUCUGCUCUUGGGGAGGCCUAGGGUCGAGCAAAGUGUCUAUUCGAAUAUUCAGUGAUUCGUUGUUAUAAAUGCCCCUGUGGCUACAUGAUUUACUUAAUGACGUUUGUGCUAAGAUAACUAUGACAAUGUCUACCUACAUUUGUACAUUUGAUGUGUAAUGAUGCAUGAUUAAGAUACUGAUGUGCCACAUGAUUCUCCUGUCCUCUUUGCUAUAAAAUUGUUGUCGCAUGGGCAGAUAUUUUGCGAUAAAUACCAGUCGGCGGUUGUCAGUGAUUUUUUACUAAGCUUAUAAGUGUCAUGUAACGUUAUAGUCAGUAUUAACUCCUGGUCAAUUGCAACGGCUUUCCUUCUUGAUAUACUGUUUCUAAAUUUGAUGUCGAUCGUUAUCCUACAUGUGUGUUGGGUUCAUCACAGCACGUUUGACACAGGCUGUCGUCUGCUAACCACACAUGUACAAAGUUCAACACUAGACUUCCAUAUUAGCUUCUUUGACAUGCGUAAAAUGCCUACAUGUUGAAAUGUAAACUGGUUGAAAAACAAGGACCACAUGAAAUAAAGAGCGCUAGCUGUUACAAUAAGCAACUUCGACGGAAGGUUGAUGUGACCCUUAGGCCACAGACGGCAAUAACAUGUUUGUAUGAGCCGUCAUGUGCUCUAGAGAGGACAAGUCAAAGGGCGAUGUCUAAUGGUUAGCAAUAAACCUAACAGGGCAAGCUG